AUGGCUCCCCGCCAGCCGAUAAUCAGUCGCACAGACUCGCACGACACGUCUCGGUCGUCCACGCAGUCGACGCAAUCCUUCGAUUCCCACUCCAUAUCCAUGGCACCGUCAGAGCCAACCUCCGACGAGCGACCCGACCUCGGGGCAGCAUUCUCAACUGUGAUUCGGGAGCUAGCGUAUAUGAUGCAGCCCCCGCUGCGCGAGGUCGUCAUGCGGCAUAACGCCCAAAUGAGGGAUGACACCACGGAGGACAGCGAGGAGGGCCAGACGCACGACAGCUACACCUACACGCCAAGUGCCUUCGAGCGCGCUCGUAGAGCCGGGAACUCUGCUGAUAUGCAGGAGGAAGAGGCCAAUAACUCGACGGUAUGGGACAAUAGGCGCAUUGCGUCGUACCUUGCGUCGCACACGCCUUCCUUCACGCCGUCGCAGACAGAGCCGGAGUACAUGGCGGGUGACGUGUCCUCGUAUCCUCAUUCAACGCCCCGAACCAUCCUUCAGUCUGCCUUCCUUGCGAAACAUUCUUCACCGAUUCGAGAAUCCUUCACACCUGCCGAUGACCACGAUGCCUACUCUUCUCCAUUUCCUCAUCAAGCCUACGAACACCAUGACUAUCAUUCUUCUAUAAUCAAUGAUUGGGAGUCGAGACAACUCGCCACAACUAUGCCCUACAUCGAAUCGCGAUCACAAUCACAAAACCCCAGUUCUCAUAAUGCCGGAGACAUAGAAGAAGGGAGAGCGGUAGAAAUCCGGGAUACGCUGUCGUCUCUACGAUCAAACUCUUUGCCGUCGUCCACGCCUGACCGCGAGGCUCUGCCUUCGCCUCCUCCAUCUGCCCCUCGCGAAGCUUUCUCUCCUACAGACUAUUCCAGCAAUAUUGUGAAUAUUCAUCUACACGUUAACCCCGUUAGUGCAACUCCCGAUUUCCCCCCUUCCGCCUCAGAGAUUCCUUUAUCCACUUUCGACUAUCUUGGACCCACAAUUCGUAGUAUUCGCCCUCUCAGGCAUUCUGCGUCGGAUGACAUAGUCAACGACGUAUCCGAAGAUCCCCUUUCCGUGCGCGUUCCUUCACUCGAUUUACGAUCUCAAAACUUGUUAUCAUCACCUCGAUCCUCUUCUUCAAGACAAUCUUCUUCUAUACAAAGAUCCACGGGGCCGUCGCCGCAAGGGAGUAGUGGAGAGGCAUAUUUCCGAGACGACUCCGAGACGGUGCCAAUUGCUUCCUCCAUUGAUUCGGGCGUGUUAUCGCGGACCGAAGAUGAGGAUGAAUAUUCUGAAGACGAAGAAGCACAAGAGCAGCGUCGGCAUACGGCGGCUCUUAGACAUAUAGUGCGCAGCGGUGGAUUAGAUCUUGUGCGGGAAGAAAGCACGGAAGGUGGUGUACGCCAUGAAGUCAUUCGGCCUUUGAUUCUUCGAGAAGACUCUUCCGCAAGCGAUCUCGUGCUGCCCAUUGAAUACUCUGGACAUACAAAGCAGGGUAGUGGGGCCAGUGGUGUCUCGUCUUCUGGAUCGACGUUGAGUUCCCGCAACAAUACGCUUAGCGGGUCGUUGACCAUCAGUGGGAACGGGACUCUUCACUUCCCUAAUCCUCGAAGGCCCUAUACGCCUCCAGCAUAUCGAGAAGGGCACACUUCGGGUGGAAAUGAAGGGGGGUUCUAUCGCGCAUAUAAUGACCUCAAUAGUGUAAAUUACGCGCCGGACAGUACUGUUGACGAGUUCGUAGAUGAAUAUCGUCAAGUCGACGGCGGCGGCGAGUCGACAUCAUUCGACCCCGACGGCAGCUUUGACGACAAUGUUGAGUAUCCCCCCGAGAGUGAGUCGCAGUCGGAAGAGGAUCUAGAAUAUGUUGAAGAAAGGGACUCCCUGGUCGACGAUGUUUCGAGCGGAAGGCCGAACGGGAAUGUGUAUAUCGGUGGAAGGGACUCUGUUAUGGCCCGCAGUCUGCCUAACCUCGGGCGAGGAGGACCUGAUGAAGACGAGCCGAACGAACACCCCCAGAUCAUCGGGGACGUUAAGAAGCGGAGUCCGCAUGUAUCUCUCGUCCAUACUAGCCCCAAUCCCAACCCAUCGUUAGGCUACCUUGAUGCCGCGUUGGCGUAUCUUGCUGCGGAGAGGGAGAAGGUUACCAAGGGGCGUAGUACCGGUGUCGGCAAGGAUGCGCCUUUGGAUGCAGGCGCCUCGAAGGGGAAGGAGAAGGAGAGAGAGCAUUUCGAUGAUUUGGUGGAUGAUGAUGAGAAUAUACGCCAGCAGGAUUUUCGCAAUGGUGGGUUAGGUAUAUUGGGUAUUAGUGGAUCGGGGGGAUUGUCCGACAGCGGAAAGGAUUCGCGGAAUGGGUGGAGAGACAUACUAGAACCGCGGCGUCGGAGCAGACGGAAGCGAAGCGACUCGCCUAGCAAUUCUACGCACAAGUCGAAAUCAUCUCGUGCAUCUACUGCAUCAACGGCGGCGACGAUUCUUCCUCCGGGGUCUUCAUGGUCGCGCGCCAAAUUCACUGCACCUGAACAUCCACCCUCCGGAAGCAAGACCCCAAAGUCUUCGAAAAAGAGCAAAGACAACACGAGAAGCCCCGCCAAGACUCUAUACAAUAAACCGUCUCUGGAAGUCGAUACAACUACGUCCCCUUCAUCACCCCUGUCCUCCUUAAAUCUAAGCAUACGGUUACCCUCCUUUGUGACUGCGCUUACUCCAACGGGAACACUCACCUCAGGCGGCGAAAAUGUUAGAGGUUAUGGUAUCUUCGGGCCAAGAGAUAGGGAUGAUGAUGAUGACGAUGAUGCGGGCAGCACGAAGGCAAAUGUGAAAGGGAAGUCGAAAGACAAGGGAAAGGGAAAUAAGGAUGGACGCUCUCCCAAGGGGAAGAAAUCAAGCAAGAUUUUGGUUCCCCGUAUAUUGAAACGUCCAGCUAUCCCGUUCCCAACUGCUGUGUCUGCUACGAGCCUCGAAGAACCAGACGAAAAGCUCGAUCUUGAUGCUACGCCAGUCAUGGCGUCUGCACCAUUCUUCUCGGAACCGGUGACACCAAGCGGACGGAGAUUGUUAGCACACUCUCGUGUGGAGACGCUGCACUCUGCGCCGGUACCCGCCGCUACAGCUAGCGAUCAAGAGCAUUCUACGUUGUCUUCGGAUGCAGAUGAAUCUAGUGGGUUGGGUGGCGACGACGCAGACGAUGAUUUCCACACAACCGGGACGGAGGGCUUCGGUAGUCAUUCUGACCGCAUUCCCAUUCAUAGAGCAAAGUCGGCUGAAGGUUACGAUCGGGGGGCGUUAGAGGGACCAAGCUGGCAACAGCGCCUGUUAAACGAACACAAAAGCAGGCAGGAGAAUAAGAGGUCAAGAAAGAGUAGUCAGGUUCGAUCCGGUGGCAGAAAUAGCGAACAGGUUCCUAUCAAGGACUUCGUGGCGCAACGCGAUUCUCACUUCCCCGAUGCCCCCGGCACAACCUUCCCAAAUAAUGGCCUUAAUAUCCGAGAUGGCCAGCAGGGAACCAAUCCGCCGAAAGGUAGUAAAGUCGCCAAGAAGGCAAACCACAAGAGGCAUAGUUCAGACUUUGGCCGGCCGGGAAACGCUGGAAAACGAUCUCUUCUCCACGCGCGGUCUUCACCGUUGUUGAGGCCAUCUGAGGUCUUGGCGGGAUCUGAUCCUAGUCACUCCGGUGGUGCCAGUGAGGGACAGACGCGGCCGAAGCCUCAAUCUCAGCCUGCCGCUAACCUGGACAAAUUCGAUGUACAUGGAGGCGCUGGUUUGUCAGACGCCGAUACACGGCGGAUUGCCCAACUCCGAGUCUUGGGUCAGAAACUCAGAAAGGCGUUCCCUGAAGAUGUCAAAUCAUUGGACCAAGUCGCCAUUCUUGGUGCCAGGAAGGGAGGGAAAUCGAGUACGGACAGCCGGGGUAGUGGCAAAGAAAGCACAAAGGGUAGUGGGCGGGAUAGCGAUAGGUUUGGCCAACGUGAGGAGCUUGGUGAAAGAGGAUCGCGCAAAAGGAAGAGGUCGAGAACCAGGACGAGACGGAGGAAAAUUGGAGAUGCUAAAUCUGUUGAUGAUGUGGAGGGUGUGGACGACGCAGACGACGCUGGAGACGAGGACGAGGAGGAAGAUAUUAUCUGGGACGGAGGAUUUAUUGACACUCGAGGCCCGCUGCCGAACGCCAAUGACCCCCCGGUCCACAUCUUCAUUGAUCACUCAAACAUUCUUUUCGGAUUGCUAAACUAUCUGAGGCGCCAUCCACGUCCUUUCCUUCCUACCACGAAACACUUUACGAAACACUUAUCUCACGCGGCACUUACCCUCCUCCUUGAACGAGGGAGGCCAAUUGCAAAGAGAGUGAUGGUUGCUAGCUCUCCCCUCUACCAACCUAUGGAAGGUGCCCUCCGAUUAGGAUACGAAGUUCAUAUCUUUAAGCGGGUGCCGCACGAUGAUCCACCUGCUAACGCUGCCACCGACGGCAGCGAUCGACAGCCCAACGGCGUUUCGGUACAGAAAGACAAAGGCCACCGACGGCAAAUUUCGGGAAGUACCAGUACUGAAAGCGAUCAAGCAAAUUUUUCGAGGGGAUUCCUCCGAAACAAUGGAGGUGGGAAGCCAAGGUUGCUCACCAACAAUAGCGCCCCGGUAUCGAGUUCUUCGCCUUCGUCCUUCGCGGGGAACCGAAGCAGUUUGCAACCGCAGAAGAUCAGAUAUCGUGAGCAGGGCGUUGAUGAGUUGUUGCAACUCAAACUCUCACAAGUCUUGCUGAGGACGGAAGCUCCUGUCCCCGGAUCGACCAUUGUGCUCGCAACAGGCGACGGAAACGCUGGGCAGUUCAACGAGGAAGGAUUUGUUGAACCAGUGCGCAUCGCGUUGCAGAGAGGAUGGAAGGUUGAAUUAUACGCAUGGGAGGACGGCCUAAGCCGUACGUGGCGAAGGGAGUUCGGGGACAGCAGCAGAGCGAAUGGUAAGAAGGGGGUCAGCAAAGGAAAGGGCGGUGAUGAAGACAGCUCGGAAGUUCAUACCGAUGACAAAGGCUACGGCGAUCGAUUCAGGAUAAUUGGAAUGGAAAAGUUUGGCGGUGAACUGGUGGAGGCCGAUGGGUGGGACUUGGGGACGGUACCGUCCUUGGUUACCACUGACUAA